AUAAAUACGGUGACAACCGGCGUUUGUGCAGUCUGUCACAAGCAUCGAGUGAAUCAACAAGUAAGCAAGAAAAAGCGAAAAUGUCUCUUCUGCCUUUACUCCUGAGCGACCCCUUCGAGUUUUCCCGGCCGUCGCAGAUCCUGGACCAGCACUUCGGCCUGGGGCUCGACCCGGAGGACCUCCUGGCGCCCCUCAUCCCUCGGGAGAUGCGCCAUUUGACGCGUUGUCCUGCGGGAUAUCUCCGGCCGUGGAGGAGUGCAGCCCAACAAAGGGAUUGCGGAUCGACUGUGAGCUACGACAAGGACAAAUUCCAAGCCAACUUGGACGUCCAGCAGUUCAAGCCGGAGGAAAUCAGCGUCAAGGUCAACGGAGACGUUAUCACCGUCGAGGGGAAACACGAGGAGAAGCAAGACGAACACGGCUUCAUCUCCAGACAUUUCGUGCGCAAAUACAUGCUGCCGAAAGGGCACGACGUGGAGAAGAUCGAGUCCAAGUUGUCUUCGGACGGGGUCUUGACCAUCACGGCCCCCAGGUUCGACGUCUCCAAGGAGGAGCACAAGAGCGUCCCCAUCGUGCAGACAGGACAGCCCUCCAAACCCGUCGAACAGAAGAAAGAAGAAAAGAACACUCAAAGCGUGGAAAUGUUCUACCCGGUGUUCUCUCACGACAUGCGCUACUUCCUCCGUCUGUGGCGGCCCUGGAGGCAGUUCGCCGCCCCCAACAUCGAGUCUUCGGUCACCUUCGGCCGCCAAAAAUUCCAAGCGGAUCUCGACGUCCAGCACUUCAAGCCCGAGGAUAUCUCCAUUAAAGUCUCCGAAGACAACACCGUGACCGUCGAGGGCAAACAGGAGCACCAAGAGGGCGAGAAUUACGUCUCGAGGCACUUCGUCAGAAGGUUUGUCCUCCCCGAAGGCCAUGAUGUGAACAAGUUGGAGUCGACGUUGUCCACGGACGGGGUCUUGACCAUCACGGCCCCCAGGAUCGCCAAGGAGGGCGAGGAGGGGAGGGCCAUCCCCAUCACAAGGACGGGAAAACCCCACAACAGUGGCGAAAAAUGUCCAUAUCGCGCAUACCCACCCGGCGCAAAUCUCCAUUCAAUUUCGUGUUUUCCCAGCAACGACACAAGUGUCAAAAUGUCUCUUUUGCUCUUUGGUGACUUUUUCGAGAGCCCCCGACACCCCUAUUCCCGUCUUUUGGACCGGUAUUUGGCUGCCCUCCUCGAUGUCGAUGAUUUUCUUCCCCCGGAAACGCGCCUUUCCGGAAGACACCUCCGUCGGCCCUCUCCCCAAGUGAGUCUCAAGGACAAAUUCCAGGUUUGCCUCGACGUCCAGCAGUUCAAACCGGAGGAAAUCGCAGUCAAGGUGUCGGAUAACGUGGUGACAGUUGAGGGAAAACACGAGGAAAAAGAGGACGAACAUGGGUUCAUCUCGAGGCAUUUCGUGAGGAGGUACGUCAUUCCAGAAGGGCAUGACUUGGGGAAGAUCGAGUCGAGGCUGUCUUCGGACGGGGUUUUAACCAUCACGGCCCCCAAGAUCACGGAAGGGGGACAAGCAACGAGGAACAUCCCGGUCAUUCAAACCGGACAACCCUCCAAACACGUUGAACAUGUAGAACAAGGAGAAAAAACGGAAGAAUAAAUUGAAAUUUUAUGAUUCAUUUCCAACUUUAUUUUGUUAAAUAAACGAAUAGAGAAAU